AUGGAACAGUGCACAUCAUACAUAGGAUGUGAUAUUUCUAAAGUGCCUUUAUCUGAUACUGCUCAGAGAAUUAUGACAGCUUUGCAGUCUGUUCCUGUAGGAGGAGUUCAGUCUAGCAGAAAGAGUAACCAAAGUAUAGAGAAGACAAAGGAAAUUAAACUAAGUGAUAAGGAUGCACAUCUGAAAAAUGAAAAGUGUAUUUGCAAUUCCAAAGUAGCCAUUAAUGAUUCCACAAUUGCUCUGUUAAAAACAACGUCAAGCUCUAAAACUACUGCUGGUCAGAUAGACAGGACAGUAUGUACCAAUGAAAUGCUUUGCUGUCAAGACACCAAAAUAGUGAGCUAUUGCCAGAAUUUAGACUUGCCAACAUGGGGAUACAGAGAAAGAAGUCUUUCAGUAGAAGCAAAAAAACUGAAGGAUGGUGAAAAGAAUAUAGCUACUCCCCUUAAAAGAAAGCAAGAUGUGUCUAUGUGUUGUUCAGAGAAAACAAGAAGAUUACUUGUGAAGACCUACACUUCACAUGAAAGAAAAUACAACUGUACUUCUGGACAAACAGAGUCUUCUGAAAAUCAGCCUUGUGAUAUCAGGAGUUUGGGAUGUGAAGAAAGAAGAGAAUUGCUUGCAACCACAGAACAGGCAGUGGCUUUUGUAACUACUAUGAUAUUUCAAGAUGGUUCUUCACAGCUCAACUCGGAGCAGGUCUUAACCUCAUCAGUAAAAGGAGUUGUUGUGUUAGUGAAGAACCGGACUGAUCACCCUCGCUCUCCCAGUUACUCUUCAACUGGCUGUACUUCGAAUGCUGCUAAUGAAAAUGAUAAAUUAAUUUAUAUAAAAACUGAACGGUCAUCUCUUUGGGAGCAAGAACAACAGGCUUACAAGAAAUUUGCAUGGCAAGUGUUGUUUCAAAUGCUACACUGCAAAGUUCCAAUUAUUUGCUUCAAUGCAAAAGAUUUCCUGAGGACUCUUCUUCAAGUUUUUGGUAAUGAAAUUAGCUGGAAACAAGUUGCUGAUAGUGUCGUGUUGGAUCCAAGGAUUGCAGCAUGGCUGAUAAACCCCAGCGACACAGUUGCCUCUUUUGAAUGUUUAAUACAGAAGUAUCUUGAAAAGCGUUCUUCUGUGGGAACAGUAAAUACAGAUACAGGCACUUUGAGAAAUGCACCA